CUCCAGACUCGGGUCAGGCGCGGCGCAGACAGCCGCCAGGGUCCUUGGCGGGGCGGGGCCUGCGCGCGGGGGCUUGUGGCUCCUUCCUGGCCUCCCUCUCUCUUUCGCUCAGGCCCGUGGCGCCGGCAGGAUGGGCAAGUGUCGCGGUCUCCGAACUGCCCGGAAGCUCCGCAGCCACCGGCGGGAUCAGAAGUGGCAUGACAAGCAGUACAAGAAGGCCCAUUUGGGCACGGCCCUGAAGGCCAACCCUUUCGGUGGCGCCUCCCAUGCAAAGGGGAUCGUGCUGGAAAAAGUAGGGGUUGAAGCCAAACAGCCAAAUUCCGCUAUCAGGAAGUGUGUCAGAGUCCAGCUGAUCAAAAACGGCAAAAAAAUCACAGCCUUUGUACCCAAUGAUGGUUGUUUGAAUUUCAUUGAGGAAAAUGACGAAGUUCUGGUUGCUGGAUUUGGUCGCAAAGGUCAUGCUGUUGGUGACAUUCCUGGAGUUCGCUUUAAGGUUGUCAAAGUAGCCAAUGUGUCUCUCUUGGCCUUGUACAAAGGCAAGAAGGAAAGACCAAGAUCCUAAGUUUUGAUGGUGAAAUCACAGUAAUAAAUUUUCAUAUGCCUAAAA